AUGUCCUCAUCUAGAUCAGAGCAGCUCCAUGGCGAGCACACCAUCAUCGAGCACUCCCUCAAACACAAAGGCAUUGCCCUCAUCCCACCUCCAUCCGCCGAUCCAAGAGACCCAUUGAGAUGGCCACAACACGUGAAGUUGUUGGCCCUGGUCGCUACUUCAUUGUUCAAUUUCGUGGGAACUUUCGCAGCAUCCGGGCUCUCGGUAGCCACACCGGUACUUGAGGCAGAAUUUCACAAGUCUACAGUCGAUGUCCAACCACUGCUCUCGUUCAAUUUUCUCCUCCUCGGCUUGGGAAACUUCAUUUGGGUUCCACUGGCAGUCAAGUUCGGCAAGCGCUCAAUACUACUCAUCUCUAUGGGUGCUCACACGGCUGCACUGGUCUGGACUGCAAAAGCAAGUACUUUCAAUAGCUUGCUAGCUGCGCGCUGUGUGACAGGAUUCUGUGCUGCGUCUGGAGAGAGUAUUGUUCCCGGUGUAGUUUCAGAUAUUUUCUUCCUACAUGAGAGGGCCACUAUGAUGUCCAUCUACGUCCUCCUCAUUUCGGGCUCCACUGCUGUGGGGCCUAUGAUCGCAAGCUUCAUGAUUGGUCGCCUACCUGACACCUGGCGGGACUUCACUUGGCUUUGCUUUGGUCUUUCGCUACUCAGUUUUGUCUUGAUUUUUCUGCUCUAUCCGGAGUCAUCAUACCAGCGACCUCAAGCUCCCGAACCAACAGAUGAUAUUGUUCUCAGGGACAAUAAUGCGUCAAAAUCUGACGAGGAGGGUGGGUUUGGACACAGCUCCAUCCAGGACAUAAUGCCGCCGUCAGAACAAUCAGGAGGGGGCUUGGAAAUUGUUAAUAUCAGCUGGCUGAAGACAUGGUCAUCUUUUAUCUCUUACAACCCGUCGAUCUCGCUGGCGACGGCUUUUCUUCGCCCGCUGGCGUUGAUUGCCCUCCCUGCUGUAGUAUGGUCAGCUUUGGUCUUUGGUACUGCUCUUGGGGCGCAGGUAGCUCUAACAUUUGCGUCCCCCUCGUUCCUAAUGGCCCCGCCAUACUUGUUUACAAGCGAUGGUAUAGGGUUUAUUCAAUUUGCGGCCCUGAUUGGCUUUGUCGUGGCAUGUUAUGGCGGCGGUUUCAUCUCUGACCUGAUUUUGACUCGUAUGAUCAAGAAAAAUGGUAAUACCAUUUUCCCAGAACAGCGACUGGUGUCACUGAUUCCUGGUUUCUGGGUCGGCCCGGCAGGAUGCAUUGUGGUAGCUAUAUGCUGUUCCCAGACUCUAUCGUGGGUAGGUGUGGCCUUCGGCUAUGCCAUGCUAUCGUUUGGAGAGGUGUAUAGCCCGAAUAUCUCCAUUACCUACGUUACGGACUGUUUCCCGCACGUUGCCUCCGAGUCUCUGGUCGCAAUCAACGCAUUUAAGAACUUGGUGGCCUUCCUGUUCUUAUACGUUGCAGUCGCGUGGAUUCAAUCUUCAGGAUGGGUCGAGGUUUAUAUGGUAAUGUUUACGCUUACCUCUGUAUCAUCGCUAGCUGCGGCAGCACUCUACUUUUGGAGAGAUCCCGUACACGCCUGGUCGAACAAGCUACUGAGAAUUAUAAAGGUUGACUCAGAGCGCAUGGGGUAA